AUGCAUACAACCACAGAACUUUCUCCCUCCAGUAAAGCAACAACUUUGAUUUCAACUUCUACUAAUGAGUCACAUACAAUUACAAUAUCAAAUGCUACAUUUUCAGAAACAUCUCCUACAGAAAGAACAAGCUCAAAUUCCAAUAAUCUACACACCAGUAGUGAACCAUCUAAACCCCACAGUGUUACAACAUUUCCUUUUACUGGUAUUUCUGAAAAUACCUCAGGCUACUCUACAUCUUCAAGUAUCAUUAAAGGGACACCAACAAGUAAUUUACAGAAUACCACAGCAUUUGAAAUAUCAGUCCAGUUUACAUCAGAGUCAUCAGCAAGUACCCACAUAUCCGGAUCUACACAAGAGACAACUGGAACCGUUUCAAUUACUCAGAGCAGCAUUCCUGUGUCUAAAACUAUUUCAUCAAGUCUUUCUGCUACAACCAAAGCUUCAACCACUUCAUGUUCUCAGUAUUUAAGUGGAAAUGAUUGUCAGAAUGGAGAUAACUAUAUAGGCCCAGUAAUAGAUUACAACGCUGUGCCCCCUAAAACCAUCAAUUUGGCAAUUUCACUAAAUCUCAUUUUUGUUGAUAAUCUGAAAAAUGAUUCGUCACAAGACUACAUUAACCUGGCAAAUGUGAUCAACAAGGUCUUUAGUGAAACGUACAGAAAAGCGGACCCACUAUACUUUGUAAAGAUGAUUCUGCAUGGAUUUAGUAAAGGAAGUGUCAUUGCUAACACCUCUGGGAUCUACAACUACCCCAACAAUCAGACGGGCAUCGACUUCAUAAAUAAUAACUUGACUUUGGAUCUUGCUAAUACAUUCACAAACCUGAACGUAACCGAACUCAACACAACUGUGACAAACGUGACAGUGACAACACCUGAAUCAUCUCCAAUAACAAAUGUUGUGCAACUCAAGAGCUACAUGUCAUGCAAUCUCAGUUUUGCUGGUUAUAGCAUCCUCUGCAACCAAUCUUGCUCGUGUGUGGGACCUUGUGAACAGAAUCUUGAUUACUGUCAAAAUAAUGGCACUUGCUACAAUCAAGCCAAUGGAUCUGUCUGCAACUGUACGGGUCCAUACACAGGAGACAGAUGUCAGUAUGAAGUACCAGCAACAUCCUCCUUCCCUACAACAGGUGAAUCGGUAACAACCUCAACUGAAACAACAACAUCCAUUCCAAAGCCAAUAACUGAGAUACAAAGUGCUACAUCUUUGGAACCAUCAGUUCAGUUUACAGAGACCUCUGCAAGCACACAUGCAUCAAAUUCUCCCCCAGAGACAACUGAAACUGUUUCCAUUACUGUAUCAUCUCCAAGAUCUGUCAUAACUACACAUGAAUACACCAGUCUAAUAGAAAGUAGCAGUUCUACUGCAGUCCUUACUGAACGUUUAACCUCAAGUUCAACCCAACCAGCGAGUUUGACUACUGGAACAUCAGAAUCCCAAAGUAUAUCUAAUCAUAUCUUUUCAACUGCUAGUAUAACAGAGCCAAACACGCUGCAUCCGACAUCAUCCAGCACUGAAGUGCCCUCCACAAACACAGAAUUCUCUGCUCCAAUUAAGACUACAUCUUUACUGCCAUCUUCUACAACUGAGAAACCUAUAGUAAUUCAAACAACUACAUUUUCUUCUGAAACACCUUUUCAAUAUACACAAACACCAAACAGCACCAAUAUUCAGAACACUACACACCAAACAUCUGAAGCCAGUUCAAACACUAUUAUGUCAACAGUACAUGAAACUGAAAGCAGGAUUAGCAGCGCAACCUCUUCAGACAACCCUGGCUCAGGUUCCACCACCAACACCACUGUAACAAAUGAAACCCACAGUGUUACAACUCAUCCUGUAAUUAGUUCUAGGACAUUACAACAAAGUACCCUGUAUCUCACAUCAAUAAGUAGCACUGAAACUUCAGCAUUUUCUCAAUUUUCCUCAGUUUCACCAAUUCCUACUGAAUCCUCAAAAGUUAGUUUAGAGAGUACCACAUCUUUGGAAACAUUGUUUACUGAACUGUCAAACUCAACUCAUCUACAAACAAGUAUAAGUGGAACAUCUGAAACUCACAGUGUUACAGUCUAUCCAGUUUCUCCUACUGUCAUUUCAGAGCAAACCACACUAUAUUCAACACCAUUAAGCAGUAAUACAUAUACAGAAACAACAACCAGCAUGAAUAUACCAAGCACUACAAAUCAAACUUCUGAAGCCAUUUCCAUUAUUGUAUCUUCUCCAAGAACUGCUAUGUCAGCCAUACUCACAACUGGAAGCAGUAUUGGCAACACAAUUUCUUCAGAAGCCCCAAGCUCAGUUUCCAUCUAUACCACUGUAACAAUUGAAACCCACAGUGUUACAACUCAUCCUGUAACUAGUUCUGGCACAUCACAACAAAGUACAUUAUAUCCCACAUCAAUAAGUAGCACUGAAACUCCAUCAUUACACACUGAAACUUCUGCAUUCUCUAAAUUUUCCACAGUUUCACCAAUUCCUACUGAAUCCUCAAAAGUUAGUUUAGAGAGUACAGCAUCUUUUGAAACAUCUUCUACUCAACUGUCAAGCUCAAGUUCAACUCAUCUACAGACAAGCUCAAAUGGAACAUCUGAAACCCACAGUGUUACAGUCUAUCCAGUUUCUCCUACUGGCAUUUCAGAGCAAACCACACUAUAUUCAACAUCAUUAAGCAGUAAUAAAUAUACAGAAACAACAACCAGCAUGAAUAUACCGAGCACUACAAAUACAACUUCUGAAACCAUUUCCAUUAUUGCAUCUUCUCCAAGAACUACGUCAGCCAUACACACAACUGAAAGCAGUAUUGGCAACACAAUUUCCUCAGAAGCCCCAAACUCAGUUUCCACCAAUACCGCUGUAACAAAUGAAACCCACAGUGUUACAACUCAUCCUGUAACUAGUUCUGGAACAUCACAACAAAGUACAUUGUAUAUCACAUCAGUAAGUAGCACUGAAACGCCAUCAUUACACACUGAAACUUCUGCAUUCUCUAAAUUUUCCUCCGUUUCACCAAUUCCUACUGGGUCCUCAAAAGUUAGUUUAGAGAGUACCACAUCUUUGGAAACAUCUUCUACUCAACUGUCAAGCUCAACUCAUUUACAGACAAGCUCAAGUGGAACAUCUGAAACUCACAGUGUUACAGUCUAUCCAGUUUCUCCUACUGGAAUUUCAGAGCAAACCACACUAUAUUCAACACCAUUAAGCAGUAAUACAUAUACAGAAACACCAACCAGCAUGAAUAUACCGAGCACUACAAAUAAAACUUCUGAAGCCAUUUCCAUUAUUGUAUCUUCUCCAAGAACUACUAUGACAACCUUACAUGCAACUGAAAGCAGUAUUGGCAACACAAUUACUUCAGAAGCCCCAAACUCAGUUUCCACCAGCACCACCAUUUCUGGAACAUCACAUCAAAGUACCUUAUAUCUCACAUCAAUAAGUAGCACUGAAACUCCAUCAUUACACACUGAAACUUCUGCAUUCUCUAAAUUUUCCACAGUUUCACCAAUUCCUACUGAAUCCUCAAAAGUUAGUUUAGAGAGUACAGCAUCUUUUGAAACAUCUUCUACUCAACUGUCAAGCUCAAGUUCAACUCAUCUACAGACAAGCUCAAGUGGAACAUCUGAAACCCACAGUGUUACAGUCUAUCCAGUUUCUCCUACUGUCAUUUCAGAGCAAACCACACUAUAUUCAACAUCAUUAAGCAGUAAUAAAUAUACAGAAACAACAACUAGCAUGAAUAUACCGAGCACUACAAAUACAACUUCUGAAACCAUUUCCAUUAUUGUAUCUUCUCCAAGAACUACGUCAGCCAUACACACAACUGAAAGCAGUAUUGGCAACACAAUUUCUUCAGAAGCCCCAAACUCAGUUUCCACCAAUACCGCUGUAACAAAUGAAACCCACAGUGUUACAACUCAUCCUGUAACUAGUUCUGGAACAUCACAACAAAGUACAUUGUAUAUCACAUCAGUAAGUAGCACUGAAACGCCAUCAUUGCACACUGAAACUUCUGCAUUCUCUAAAUUUUCCUCCGUUUCACCAAUUCCUACUGAAUCCUCAAAAGUUAGUUUAGAGAGAACCACAUCUUUGGAAACAUCUUCUACUCAACUGUCAAGCUCAACUCAUUUACAGACAAGCUCAAGUGGAACAUCUGAAACUCACAGUGUUACAGUCUAUCCAGUUUCUCCUACUGUCAUUUCAGAGCAAACCACACUAUAUUCAACACCAUUAAGCAGUAAUAAAUAUACAGAAACACCAACCAGCAUGAAUAUACCGAGCACUACAAAUAAAACUUCCGAAGCCAUUUCCAUUAUUGUAUCUUCUCCAAGAACUACUAUGACAACCAUACAUGCAACUGAAAGCAGUAUUGGCAACACAAUUACUUCAGAAGCCCCGAACUCAGUUUCCACCACCAGCACCACCAUUUCUGGAACAUCACAUCAAAGCACCUUAUAUCUCACAUCAAUAAGUAGCACUGAAACUCCAUCAUUACACACUGAAACUUCUCCAUUCUCUAAAUUUUCCUCAGUUUCACUAAUUCCUACUGGGUCCCCAAAAGUUAGUUUAGAGAGUACAGCAUCUUUGAAAACAUCUUCUACUGAAUUGUCAAGCUCAACUCAUCUACAGACAAGCUCAAGUGGAACAUCUGAAACCCACAGUGUUACAGUCUAUCCAGUUUCUCCUACUGGAAUUUCAGAGCAAACCACACUAUAUUCAACACCAUUAAGCAGUAAUAAAUAUACAGAAACACCAACCAGCAUGAAUAUACUGAGCACUACAAAUAAAACUUCUGAAGCCAUUUCCAUUAUUGUAUCUUCUCCAAGAACUACUAUGUCAACCAUACAUGCAACUGAGAGCAGUAUUGGCAACACAAUUUCUUUAGAAGCCCCAAGCUCAGUUUCCACCAAUACCGCUGUAACAAACGAAACCCACAGUGUUACAACUCAUCCUGUAACUAGUUCUGGAACAUCACAACAAAGUACAUUGUAUAUCACAUCAGUAAGUAGCACUGAAACUCCAUCAUUACACACUGAAACUUCUGCAUUCUCUAAAUUUUCCACAGUUUCACCAAUUCCUACUGAAUCCUCAAAAGUUAGUUUAGAGAGUACCACAUCUUUGGAAACAUCUUCUACUCAACUGUCAAGCUCAAGUACAACUCGUCUACAGACCAGCUCAAGUGGAACAUCUGAAACUCACAGUGUUUCAGUCUAUCCAGUUUCUACUACUGGAAUUUCAGAGCAAACCUCACAUUAUUCAACAUCAUUAAGCAGUAAUAAAUAUACAGAAACAACAACCAGCAUGAAUAUACCGAGCACUACAAAUACAACUUAUGAAACCAUUUCCAUUAUCGUAUCUUCUCCAAGAACUACUAUGUCAACCAUACUCACAACUGAAAGCAGCAUUACCAACACAAUUUCUUCAGAAGCCCCAAGCUCAGUUUCCACUACCAUCACUGUAACAAAGGAAACCAACAGUGUUACAACUCAUCCUGUUACUAUUCCUGGAACAUCACAACAAAGUACCCUGUAUCUCACAUCAAUAAGUAGUACUGAAACUCCAUCAUUACAAUCUGAAACAUCUACAUUCUCAAAAUUUUCCUCAGUUUCUCCAAUUCCUACUGAGUCCUCAAAAGUUAGUUUUGAGAGUACCACAUCUUUGGAGACCAGCUCAAGUGGAACAUCUGAAACCCACAGUGUUACAGUAUAUCCAGUUCCUCCUACUGGUAUUUCAGAGCAAAGCACACAUUAUUCAACAUCAUUAAGCAGUAAUAAAGUAUCACCAACUAGCAUAUCAACAUCUCCUGUAUCAAAUUCUUUGCCAGAGACAACUGAAGCUGUUUCCAUUACUGUAUCAUCUCCAAGAUCUGUACUAUCUACACAUGUAUACACCAGUCUACAGACUGAAAUUAAUAGUUCUGCUACAGUCCCCACUGAAACAUCAACCUCAAGUUCAACUCAUUUUGAGAAUUUGACUGCCAUAACAUCAGAAUCAAAAAGUGUAACUACCAAUCUCCUUUCAACUGCUAGUAUAACAAAGACAAAUACACUGAAUCCAACAUCAUUUAGCACAGAAGUGCCGUCCACAAGCACAGAAUUCUCUACUGCAAUUAAGACAUCAUUACUGUCAACUUCUCCUAUUAAAACUACAACAAUAGUUUCAGAACAAAGCACCUUGUACCCCACAUCACAGGGCAUCAGUGAAAAACCUUCCUUAAAUACAGAAACAUCUGUUGCAUUUAAUACUACAUCAUCUGUGUCACAGAGGAGCACAGGACCUGUUACUUCACAUAAUAUUACAUCUACAGAGUCUCCAACAAGCACAAACAUUUCAAGGCCUUCACUACAGACAUCUGUUUCUCUUUCUACAUCUUCACUUAUACCAGUUGUAUCUACAACACUAAGAACGAGCAAUGUAACCACUACAAAUAGUAGUUCCAGGACUACUAGUUCUACUGCACUCCAAACAAGUAACAAUAUAACUCUAUUUACUACAACACUAAGAACAAGCAAUGUAGCCACUACAAAUAGUGGUUCCAGGACUACUAGUUCUACUGUACUCCAAACAAGUAACAAUAAACCUCUAUUUACUACAACACUAAGAACAAGCAAUGUAGCCACUACAAAUGGUAGUUCCAGGACUGCUAGUUCUACUGCACUCCAAACAAGUAACAAUAUAACUCUAUUUACUACAACACUAAGAACAAGCAAUGUAGCCACUACAAAUAGUGGUUCCAGGACUACUAGUUCUACUGUACUCCAAACAAGUAACAAUAAACCUCUAUUUACUACAACACUAAGAACAAGCAAUGUAGCCACUACAAAUAGUGGUUCCAGGACUACUAGUUCUACUUCACUCCAAACAAGUAACAAUAUAACUCUAUUUACUACAACACUAAGAACAAGCAAUGUAGCCACUACAAAUAGUGGUUCCAGGACUACUAGUUCUACUGCACUCCAAACAAGUAACAAUAUAACUCUAUUUACUACAACACUAAGAACAAGCAAUGUAGCCACUACAAAUAGUGGUUCCAGGACUACUAGUUAUACUACACUCCAAACAAGUAACAAUAAAACUCUAUUUACUACAAUCAGCCAAUCAACACCUACUCUUUCAACUGCUUCAACCGGAAUCAGUCAAGGCAAAACAAUUAAUUCAACUGCCUCAGUUCAAACAACAAGCACUGUUCCAAACACAUAUUCUACUUCUACUUACACUUCUACUCUUCAGUGCAAAAGCAAUGCAAAUCAGAAUUGCACCUAUAAUGCUUUUACACAACAAUGUGACUGUAUUUGUAAUCAAUACUUCAUUGGAGCAUCUUGUGAAUACGGGCAAAAUAGCGCUUCUGCUAUUGUAGAUAAUAGCACGGUUCCAAGGAAGAACAUUACAGUCGAACUCUAUGUAAACCAAACAUUUUCUAAUGCCUUACUGGAUAAAACGUCACAAAAAUACAUCGACAUGACAGAUGGGAUGAUUAAAAUUCUUACGCCAGUCUACAGAAAAGCAUCUCCAGAAUUCUUUGAUCGAGUAGAAAUCACUGACUACAGCCGAGGAAGUAUUAUUGUGAACAGCGUAGGACUUUACCUUUACCCUAAUAAUCAGACUGGGAUAACUUUCCUGAACACCGAUCUAGAAACUGCGGUGAAACAGACUUUCCUGGAAUCACUAUCUAAUCUAUCAAAUCAACUGAAUAAUGUCACCACUUCUUUGCGUAAUAUAAGCGCAGGGGCCUCAACUAUAACAGACAUUCAUCAGAUGAAAAACUAUGUUUCCUGCAGUGUCGUUUAUACAGGUUACCUGGUCAGCUGUAAUAAUCAGACCUGUUCUUGCACCGGCCCUUGUUUUAAUAAUUCAUCCUACUGUAAUUACCACGGAGACUGCUUCAAUUCACUGGAUGGACCAAUCUGCCAGUGUUACACUUUCCAAUAUUACCAGUAUGAAGGAAAGCAAUGUGACCUAUUCGCGCGCACGGGAGGUUUUUACGGAGUGCUCUUUGGUGUACUUGGCUCGGCCUUGCUUCUUCUCAUUGUGUUAUUAUUUGCAAUAUUAGUCUUCAAAAGGAAGAGAAAGUUUGGUGCAUUUAAAGAGCGACGGGAUUCUCGAAGGUGGUUUACACUUGAAGAAGAGUCGUCACACUUUCCUCACACUGAUAUGGACGAAGUGUCAAGAGCCUCAGGCUUUGGAAAUUUAACAUUCGGGUCUGGAUCUUAUAAUGUUCAAAGAAAUGAACUUGGCCAAAGUGAUCUUUCCCAAGGAGCCUACAGGCCUAAUCUGGAUAAUAUAGAUACUCUACAAUCGUUCCAUAUACAAAGACCACAACUGAUCGUCCCCAGUGAUGAACAAACAUAA